CUUCCAGGGCUGGGCUUCUCCUCACACCAGCCAGACAGCCUACUCUCCACCCAAGGGAAGCGGCUGCCUCCGCCAGGCCGCUUCCAGGAAGCCCCGGGCCAGGCCCCAGCAUUGUUCGGGCCCCAAGGCCAGCACCCCAGGCAGCCAGACACCAUGAAGUCCAGCGGCCCUGUGGAGAGGCUGCUCAGAGCCCUGGGGAGGAGGGACAGCAGCCGGGCCACCAGCAGGCCUAGGAAAGCUGAGCCACAUAGCUUCCGGGAGAAGGUCUUCCGGAAGAAACCACCUGUCUGUGCCGUGUGUAAGGUGACCAUCGAUGGGACAGGCGUCUCAUGCAGAGUCUGCAAGGUGGCAACACACAGAAAAUGUGAAGCAAAGGUGACUUCGUCCUGUCAGGCCUUGCCUCCCGCGGAGCUGCGGAGAAACACCGCCCCUGUGAGGCGCAUAGAGCACCUGGGAUCCACCAAGUCUCUGAACCACUCAAAGCAGCGCAGCACCCUGCCCAGGAGCUUCAGCCUGGACCCGCUCAUGGAGCGCCGCUGGGACUUGGACCUCACCUACGUGACGGAGCGGAUCCUGGCCGCCUCUUUCCCCGCGCGGCCAGACGAGCAGCGACACCGGGGCCACCUGCGCGAGCUGGCUCACGUGCUGCAAUCCAAGCACCGCGACAAGUACCUGCUCUUCAACCUUUCAGAGAAAAGACAUGACCUGACCCGGCUAAACCCGAAGGUCCAGGACUUUGGCUGGCCUGAGCUGCACGCACCCCCCCUAGACAAGCUGUGCUCCAUUUGCAAAGCCAUGGAGACCUGGCUCAGCGCUGACCCUCAGCACGUGGUCGUAUUGUACUGCAAGGGGAGCAAGGGCAAGCUUGGGGUCAUCGUCUCUGCCUACAUGCACUACAGCAAGAUCUCUGCAGGGGCAGACCAGGCGCUGGCGACCCUUACCAUGCGGAAGUUCUGUGAAGACAAGGUUGCCGCGGAAUUGCAGCCCUCCCAGCGCCGGUAUAUCACCUACUUCAGUGGUCUGCUGUCCGGCUCCAUCCGCAUGAACAGCAGCCCUCUCUUCCUGCACUACGUGCUGGUGCCCGUGCUGCCAGCCUUUGAACCUAGUGCAGGUUUCCAGCCCUUCCUCAAGAUCUACCAGUCCAUGCAGCUUGUCUACACAUCCGGAAUCUAUCACGUUGCAGGCCCUGGUCCCCAGCAGCUUUGUAUCAGCCUGGAGCCAGCCCUCCUCCUCAAAGGCGAUGUCAUGGUAACAUGCUAUCACAAGGGUAGCCGGGGGACUGACCGGACCCUCGUAUUCCGAGUCCAGUUCCACACAUGCACCAUCCAUGGACCACGGCUCACCUUCUCCAAGGACCAGCUGGAUGAGGCCUGGGCUGACGAGAGGUUCCCCUUCCAAGCCUCGGUGGAGUUCGUCUUCUCCUCCAGCCCAGAGAAGAUCAAAGGUAGCACCCCACGGAAUGAGCCCUCCGUCUCUGUCGACUACAACACUGCAGAGCCCGCGGUGCGCUGGGACUCCUACGAGAACUUCAACCUGCACCAUGAGGACAGUGCUGACGGUGUGGGGGGUGCCCCCAGAGGUGGCGGGAGGUGGAAUUUCAGGGGGGCACACUCUGUCACCCACACCCGGGGGCCCCUGGAUGGCAGUCCUUAUGCCCAGGUGCAGCGAGCCCCCCGCCAGACCCCUCCAGCCCCGUCUCCGGAGCCACCCGCACCCCCGCUGCUUUCCGUCAGCAGCGACUCUGGCCAUUCCUCCACGCUGACCACGGAGCCGGCCGCCGAGUCGCCUGGCCGGCCACCCCCGACGGCUGCCGAGCGGCAGGAGCUCGAGCGCCUGCUGGGAGGCUGUGGAGUGGCCAGUGGGGGCCGGGGAGCUGGGCGCGAGACGGCCAUCCUCGAUGAUGAAGACCAGCCCACUGCGGGCGGAGGCCCCCACCUCGGAAUGUAUUCCGGACACAGGCCAGGCCUCAGCCGCCAUUGCUCCUGCCGCCAGGGCUACCGGGAGCCCUGUGGGGUCCCCAACGGGGGCUACUACCGGCCAGAGGGGACCCUGGAGAGGCGGCGGCUGGCUUUUGGAGCCUAUGAGGGGCCCCCCCAGGGCUACGCCGAGCCCUCCGUGGAGAAGAGGCGCCUCUGCCGCUCGCUGUCCGAGGGACCGUACCCCUACCCGCCUGAGCUGGGGAAACCCGCCAAUGGAGACUUUGGCUACCGCCCCCCAGGCUACCGGGAGGUGGUGAUCCUGGAAGACCCCGGGCUGCCUGCACUGUGCUCCUGCCCCGCCUGUGAGGAGAAGCUAGCACUGCCCACAGCAGCCCUCUAUGGGCUGCGGCUGGAGAGGGAGGCUGGAGAGGGGUGGGCGAGUGAGGCUGGCAAGCCCCUCCUGCACCCCGUGCGACCCGGGCACCCGCUGCCCCUGUUGGUGCCUGCCUGCGGGCACCACCACGCCCCGCUGCCUGACUACAGCUGCCUGAAGCCACCCAAGGCAGGCGAGGAAGGGCAGGAGGGCUGCUCCUACGCCAUGUGCCCUGAAGGCAGGUAUGGGCACCCAGGGUAUCCUGCCCUGGUGACAUACAGCUAUGGAGGAGCGGUUCCCAGUUACUGCCCAGCAUACGGCCGGGUGCCUCACAGCUGUGGGUCUCCAGGUGAGGGCAGAGGGUAUCCCAGCCCUCGUGCCCACUCCCCCCGGGCUGGCUCCAUCUCCCCGGGCAGCCCGCCCUACCCCCAGUCCAGGAAGCUGAGCUACGAGAUCCCUGCAGAGGAGGGAGGGGACCGGUAUCCACUGCCUGGGCACCUGGCCCCAGCAGGACCCUUGGCAUCUGCAGAGUCGCCAGAGCCCGUGUCCUGGAGGGAGGGUCCCAGCGGGCACAGCACUCUGCCCCGGUCCCCACGAGAUGCCCAGGGCAGUGCCACUUCCGAGCUGUCUGGUCCAUCCACGCCGCUGCACACCAGCAGCCCCGUCCAGGGCAAGGAGAGUGCCCGACGGCAGGACACCCGCUCCCCUACCUUGGCUCCCACUCAGAGACUGAGUCCUGCAGAGGCCUUGCCGCCUGUUUCCCAGGGAGGCGCUGAAAAGGCUCCAGAGCUGCCUGCAAGAAGUGGACCUGAGCUUCCAGCCCCGGGCACCUUCUCCCCAGCCUCCCCACCCAGCUCUCCCAAUGACUGGCCUCAGGAGAGGAGCCCGGGGGGCCGCUCGGACAGCACCAGUCCAAGGGGGCCUGUCCCCAACACCCUGCCCGGCCUCCGUCACGCCCCCUGGCAGGGCCUGCGAGACCCCCCGGACAGCCCGGACGGGUCCCCUCUCACCCCUGUGCCUACUCAGAUGCCCUGGCUUGUGGCCAGCCCAGAACCCCCUCAGAGCUCGCCCACACCUGCCUUUCCUCUGGCUGUAUCUUAUGACAUCAAUGGCCCCCCACAGCCCCCUCUUCCUGAGAAACGCCACCUGCUGGGGCCUGGACAGCAGCCGGGACCCUGGGGCCCAGAGCAGGCAUCACCACCAGCCAGAGGCACUAGUCACCACGUCACUUUUGCACCUCUGCUCCCGGAUAAUGCCCCCCAACCCCCAGAGCCCCAGAUGCAAGAGAGCCAGAGCAAUGUCAAGUUUGUCCAGGACACGUCCAAGUUCUGGUACAAGCCACACCUGUCCCGUGACCAAGCCAUCGCCCUGCUGAAGGACAAAGACCCCGGGGCCUUCCUGAUCAGGGACAGUCAUUCAUUCCAAGGAGCCUAUGGGCUGGCUCUGAAGGUGGCUACACCCCCUCCCAGCGCCCAGUCCUGGAAAGGGGACCCCUCGGAACAGCUGGUCCGCCAUUUUCUCAUUGAGACUGGGCCCAAAGGGGUGAAGAUCAAGGGCUGUCCCAGCGAGCCCUACUUUGGCAGCCUGUCAGCCCUGGUCUCCCAGCACUCCAUCUCCCCACUGUCCCUGCCCUGCUGCCUGCGCAUUCCCAGCAAAGAUCCUCUGGAGGAGGUCCCAGAGGCCCCAGUGCCCAGCAACAUGAGUACGGCAGCAGACCUCCUGCGUCAAGGCGCCGCCUGCAGUGUGCUCUACCUGACCUCAGUGGAGACGGAGUCACUGACGGGCCCCCAAGCAGUGGCACGGGCCAGCUCCGCGGCUCUGAGCUGCAGCCCCCGCCCCUCGCCAGCCGUUGUCCACUUCAAGGUCUCAGCCCAGGGCAUCACACUCACAGACAACCAAAGGAAGCUCUUCUUUCGCCGCCAUUAUCCAGUGAACAGCAUCACCUUCUCCAGCACUGACCCUCAGGACCGGAGAUGGACCAACUCCGACGGGACCACCUCCAAGAUCUUUGGUUUCGUGGCCAAGAAGCCGGGAAGCCCUUGGGAGAAUGUGUGUCACCUCUUUGCAGAGCUUGACCCAGAUCAGCCUGCAGGCGCCAUUGUCACCUUCAUCACCAAAGUUUUACUGGGCCAGAGGAAAUGAAGGAAGGCUACAAGCUCCAAGCCCGCGUCGACACUGUGCCCCUCUCAGCACCACACAGCCCUCACUUCCCCUGGCCUGGACCCAGGAGACCCGGGAGCCGGCCUCUCCCCUAGGAAUAGGGAGCAGAAACACCAGCCUGCGACACUGCUCUCCUUCCCCGCCCCCAGCCUGCUAAGCAAGUGGAUGGGCCCAUGAGAUGACCUUGCAUGUGAGCAGAGGGCAGAGACGGGUGUGUGAGGGUGAGGCGGUGGAGCCUGGAAGGGGUGAUCCAGACAGCCCCACCUGCAGGAGAGCGUCAGCGCUGGCAGGGGAGACAGGCCUUGCCUGCUCCACCAGCUGCAGGUCCCAGCACGGCAGGGAGAGAGGAGAGGUGUGGGGAGCAAGGCACUCCCUCCUCUGCCUCCCCUCUGAGCAGAGAGAUCAGAGUAGGAUCACAUGAAAACGGGGGCGGGGGGGGGGGUUGGAAAAAAGAGUCUAUUUUUGUCUAAUAAUAAAGAGUUUCUAUAAUGUUUAGUCAGAGUUGAACUCAUGCCUGUUUCCAGGAAGGUCAAAGCCUCGGGUCUCCCAGGACCACACCUGUUUCUUGGGGCAUCCCAGGCCCAAGCCAUGUGUGUGAGAAACACACGAUCCCUCUCCCUGGCCCCACAGCAGUCCACACAUGCCUCGUGAGCAAGUGCCCUUCGCCGCCCCUUCCUCCAGCCGUCCCCGCCCUGUGUACCGGAAAGGAUUCCCCUGUCCCGGCUGUACUGAUAAAUAUGGAAAUUCCAUCUUUA